GCACAGGUUCCUUAUCAGCUUGCACACUGCAGGGCUGCAGCCCUUGGGGACAAGCGAGGGCUCUCACAGGGGAAAAAAGAGAGAGGACUGAGACACUGCUAGCCGUCAUGACGGACAGAAGCCCCUUCGAGACGGACAUGCUCACCCUGACCCGUUAUGUGAUGGAGAAGGGGCGCCAGGCCAAAGGCACCGGGGAGCUCACCCAGCUGCUCAACUCCAUGCUGACUGCCAUCAAAGCCAUCUCCUCAGCGGUGCGCAAGGCCGGCCUGGCCAACCUGUACGGCAUUGCAGGCAGCGUGAAUGUGACAGGAGAUGAGGUGAAGAAACUGGAUGUGUUAUCCAAUUCCCUGGUGAUCAACAUGCUCCAGUCGUCCUACAGCACCUGCGUCCUGGUCUCGGAAGAGAAUAAAGAAGCCAUUAUCACCGCCAAGGAGAGGAGGGGGAAGUACGUGGUGUGCUUCGAUCCCCUGGAUGGAUCUUCCAACAUUGACUGUCUGGCUUCCAUUGGGACCAUAUUCGCCAUCUACAGAAAGACCACAGAAGACGAGCCUUCGGAAAAGGAUGCACUGCAGCCCGGCCGCAAUAUUGUGGCCGCUGGCUAUGCACUCUAUGGCAGUGCCACGCUGGUGGCCCUCUCCACGGGACAAGGUGUGGACCUCUUCAUGCUGGACCCAGCAUUGGGUGAGUUCGUGCUGGUGGAUAAAGAUGUCAAGAUUAAGAAGAAAGGAAAGAUUUACAGCCUCAAUGAGGGCUACGCCAAGUAUUUUGAUGCAGCCACCACGGAGUAUGUGCAGAAGAAGAAAUUCCCUGAGGAUGGCAGUGCUCCCUAUGGGGCCAGGUAUGUGGGUUCUAUGGUGGCCGAUGUGCACCGCACCCUGGUUUAUGGAGGGAUCUUCAUGUACCCAGCCAACCAGAAGAGUCCUAAAGGCAAGCUCCGGCUCCUGUACGAGUGUAAUCCUGUGGCCUAUAUCAUCGAGCAGGCGGGAGGUUUGGCAACCACAGGCACCGAGCCCGUACUGGAUGUGAAACCUGAGGGCAUUCACCAACGAGUGCCCCUCAUUCUGGGGUCCCCGGAUGACGUGCAGGAAUAUCUCACCUGUGUCCAGAAAACCCAGGCAGGCAGGUAGUCAGCUUGACUCUACCAGCCUUCUUCUCUUGGUCUUAAGUGAAUGAUCAAUGGUGAUGGUGGGGAGGAGGAAACCAUGCUCAGAAGAGCAGCAGCUGGUACAGAAAAGUUCAGAGGCCAUUGCUGUAGGUAAUGCAUGGGUCUAAAAUAAAAACGCACUGUGAAAAGAG